GGGCGUGGGAGACGUCGCUGUCGCCGCUGGAGAGGGUGAGGCGGCUGCUGCCGCCGGAGGAAGCGGCAGAGGUGGGGCGGUGCGCGGCCGCCCUUCCUCAGGCUCCGAGUCCUGCGGAGGAGGAGGCCGCCCCUGAGGUGGCGCCUCCUGAGGCGAUAGGAGAGUGUCCCGGUGCUUUCCGCGCUGGGGAGCUGGCGCUGGCGGAGAUGCGGAGGAAGCACAAUACGACGCUGAAGCUGUUGUGUCGGCUGGAGGCGGGGGCGGUGUUGAACAGCCCCGGCGGGAUCCUGCCUCACCGCGACAUCAUCGGGCGGCUGCCCGGGCAGGUGCUGCCCGCCUCGGCCGGAGGGAGGUUGCUGCUGAGGCGGCCCUCGCUGGAGGAGUACGUGCUGCUGAUGCCGCGGGGACCCACCAUCGCCUACCCCAAGGAUAUAAGCGCUAUGUUAAUGAUGAUGGAUAUCCACCCGGGAGACACUGUUUUGGAAACUGGCAGCGGGUCUGGUGCUAUGAGCUUGUUUCUGUCAAGAGCAGUUGGGCCCAAAGGACGUGUUAUAAGUUAUGAAAUCAGAGAUGAUCAUCAUAGUUUAGCUAAGAAGAAUUACAGGCGCUGGCGUGCUGCAUGGGAAAUAGGACAUACAGAAGAGUGGCCAGAUAACGUGGAUUUUAUUCUUAAAGACAUUUCAACAGCCGCUGCAGAUAUGAAAUCUAUAGCACUUGACGCAGUAGUUCUGGAUAUGCUUACCCCUCAGUCUGCUCUGCCUGUCGUACAUCCAAGUCUGAAACAGGGUGGUGUGUGUGCUGUGUAUUUAGCAAACAUCACACAGGUUAUUGACCUUUUAGACAGAAUAAGGACCUGGAAGCUCCCUUUUUUGUGUGAAAGGAUCAUUGAGGUAACUCACAGAAAUUGGUUGGUACACCCUGCCAAACUCAAGAAUUGCAAAUCGAGCCAAAUAGUGGAAACUCAAGAAAAUAUUCAAGAACCACCUCAAAAGGAAUACGAAGAAAUCCACAUUCAGGAUCAAGCAGUUCUUAAAGAAAGCGAAUACAAUGAAUCACUUUCUGACGCAGCUGAAACAUACUGCUCUGCGCCUUACGUUGCUAGACCGUCGUAUUGGCAGGAAGCUCAUUCAGCAUUCCUUACCAAGCUGAGAAAGUAUCGACCGCUGUUUUCUUGAUGCUGCUGAGAUGUUAGCUGCUAAUUUGACUAUUGUAUCAGAAUCAAAUAAAAUGUUACAAAGUAGCUGCUACGUUUUGCAAGUUGUGUAAGUUUUAACUAAUGACUCCUUG